CCAGAAGAUGCAAGAUGAAUAAAUAAAUAGAUAAAUAGAAAGAGAAAGCGAGUGGGAGAGGUGAGAAGUUAGCUGUCGCCCGUCAUCAUCAGCCUCUGCAUCUCGCUAUUUGGCAUUGCCGGCAGCGAAAAAGACAAAAAAAAAGUUGCUCUUAGUAGUAGAAAUCAAACGAGUGAGGCGGGAUGUCGAAUCAAGUGCGCUUAUUUUGUCGGUCUUUACUUACUUUCUUAACGUUGGCCAGUAUUUGGACCGGCACACUUGGUCGUUGCCCCAGGCAAUGCCAAUGCAAUGAUAACAAAGUGCUAUGCAUGUAUAAAGGAUUAACUAAUGUUGUUCGAGUGCCACUGGAAACUACACUGUUGGAUCUUCGAUCAAACAAAAUAAAAAAUAUUGCUAUUGGUACAUUUUCAAAUCUGAAGUUUCUGGAAACACUGUUAUUGAAUCAUAAUGAAAUUGAUGUCCUCACCAGAAAUGCUUUUGUCGGAUUACCUUCUCUUCGAGAAUUGUAUUUAUAUCACAACAGAAUUACGACAAUUCAACCUGGUGCUUUCAAUGAACUCAGAAAUCUGGAACAAUUAUAUUUGCAAAAUAAUUCCAUUAAAACAUUACUUGCUGGAGUUUUUGAAGGACUUCCAAAGUUACGUAAGGUUAAUUUGCAGGGGAACCCAUUGGUAUGUGACUGCAAGUUGAAAUGGUUGUCAGAUAAACUGAGGUUGCUGGGGGACAGGUCAAAUGUCACCUGUGAAUCACCUCUCAGUGUUUCAGGACAAUUAGUGAGUGAACUUUCUCCUGAUCAGUUUCUAUGUCGGGCACCUGUGUUUACUGUGGAACCAGAAGAUAUGCAGCUGGAGAUAGGUACCUCAAUGGUGUUUACCUGUGCUGCUACUGGCGAUCCUGAACCUGAAAUUUCUUGGUUACAUAAUGGAGAAAUUCUUACUCAAUCAGCAACCAUCAUCUUUUGGGGUGACACCUUAAAACGGCUAAUGAUCCAGAACAUUAAGCAAUCUGAUAGUGGAACCUAUACAUGUGUGGCUAGUAAUUCUGUUGGUCAGACAUUUUCCAGGGCAGCUCGGUUACAAUCAGAUUUACCAAGUACUGUUCGCUCACGAGUCACUGAAGCCCCAGUAAGAAAUCCAGCUCAGCCACAUUCGCGAAGAAUCUUUCCUCCACGUCAACAAAGACUUCCAGUUCGGAGAUUUGACAGUGGAAGUUUUCAAGGAGAACUGCUUGACAUCAUGGCUAAGCAAGGAGAUAACAUUACACUUCAGUGUGUAGAGAAUACUGACCCAUCUACUAGAAUCAGCUGGACUAAAGAUAAUCUACCUCUGUCAACUCCUGAUCAUAUAACUCUAUCAACAACUGGUUCCCUUUUCAUUGUGAACAUUCAGCAAAAUGACCAGGGCCUUUAUCGGUGUACAGCUACAAGUAGUUCUGAUACUACUACAAGGGAAUUACGAAUAACCUUGCAAAUUCCACCAGCCUUCUUUGAACCACCAAGAGAUCAAACUGUACCAGAAGGGUCUUCUGCAACUUUAAGGUGUCGUGCUCAAGGCAAUCCUGUCCCAAUCAUCACUUGGUCAAAAAGUGGUGAAGCUUUGCCAAACAAUGGUCGUUUUACAAUCACAAGCAAUGAACUGAGGAUUCUGCAGGUGAAUAUAGAUGAUCGUGGCCUAUACAUAUGUCGUGCUGAGAGCACUGCUGGUUACAGAGAGGCAACUGCUUAUUUGGCUGUAAGUCCAAGAACUGCUCCUUCAUUGGUUCAUCGUCAGACAGACAGAGAAGUCAGCUUGAACAGCCAGGUGACAUUACUUUGUAAUGCUGAAGGCGAACCAACUCCAAGUUACAGGUGGGAAAAAGACAGUCUACCAUUGCAGUAUGACAACAGAAUUAGAAGUGAAGGAAAUGCAUUAACAUUUCAAAGGGUUCUUUUUAAUGAUGCUGGAGAGUAUGAGUGUAUAGCCGAAAAUAUUGAAGGCAUUGACAGAAAUUCUUUCCGCCUUUCUGUUGUUGCUAGACGUGGUGUGAAUAUUGGCCAUCAGUUGGUAGCAAGUUCAACUGACGAAGCAAUCAACAGAAUCAACCUUGCUGCAAAUGUUACCUAUGAUCAUCUGUUUAACAGGAAGAAAACUUACACGAUCAAUGACUUACUUUCAGUUGUCAGAUAUCCAUCAGCUGAGGCUCUUGAAUUAGCAAAAGCUGAAGAAAUAUUUGAGCAAACUCUUGAUAUCAUUUAUGAACAUGUUAGAGAAGGAUAUAAAUAUAAUUUAGAAGAUCAUGAGCUGUCUUAUCGGGAAUUGUUGUCACCUGAACAUAUUCAAUUAAUUGCAAAUCUAUCUGGUUGUUUCCGGCGUUAUCCAAAUAUUGACUGUUCUGACAUGUGUUUUCACAAGAAAUAUCGUUCCUUUGAUGGCACAUGUAACAAUUUGCUUAAUCCAGCAUCUGGAGCUUCCAACCAAGCCUUUCGGCGUCUUCUUCCUCCUCGUUAUGAAAAUGGUUUCAAUACACCAGUAGGUUGGAAUCCUUCAAAAGAAUAUAAUGGCAUUCCAUUACCAAGCCCUCGGCUUGUCUCCUCUGUCCUUAUUGGUUCCAACCAUGUGACUGAUGAUGACCUUAGCACACAUAUGUUGAUGCAAUGGGGCCAAUUUGUAGACCAUGAUAUGGAUUUAGCUCCCCAAUCUAUCAGUAAUGCUCGAUUUAGUGAUGGCAGAGGAUGUAAUGAAACUUGCACAAAUGAUUACCCUUGCUUUCCAAUUCAAGUUCCUUUGAAUGAUCAGCGCAUUCGAAAUCGUGAAUGUUUGGGCUUUUCUAGGUCAAGCGCUAUCUGUAAUUCAGGUGGAACAUCAAUUUUCUUCAAUACACUUGCUCCACGUGAACAGCUGAAUGCUAUAACAGCUUUUAUUGAUGGGUCUAAUGUGUAUGGUAGUACUUUUGAGGAUGCUUCUAGUCUAAGAGACCUUACAUCAAGUCGUGGUUUACUCCAGGUUGGAGCUUCACCAGAUGGAAAAGCUCUAUUACCAUUUGAUAAUAAUGGCUUAUUGGCAAACGUUGACUGCCAACUAGAAGCAACAAAACGACAUCUUCCUUGUUUUCUUGCUGGUGACCAUCGAGCUAAUGAACAGUUGGCCCUAACUGCAAUGCAUACUUUGUGGCUUCGUCAGCACAACAAGAUUGCAACAGAGUUAAUUCAGUUGAAUCCACACUGGGAUGGCACUCUCUUGUACCAUGAAAGCAGAAAAAUAGUUGGUGCCAUGAUGCAACACAUUACAUAUGAACACUGGCUUCCUGAUAUCUUGGGCCCUAAAGGCAUGAAACUUCUUGGAAAAUAUAAAGGCUAUGAUCCUCAGAUUGAUCCCAAAAUAUCUAAUGAAUUUUCAACAGCAGCUUUUCGUGUAGGACACACUCUGAUUCAGCCUAUUAUUUAUCGAUUGAAUGAACAAUUCCAGCCAAUCAGAAGUGGGAACUUGCCACUCCAUAAAGCCUUCUUUUCUCCUUACAGAGUAGUGGAAGAGGGUGGCAUUGAUCCCUUGUUGCGCGGUCUUUUUGCUGUUCCUGCAAAAAAGCAAAUGCCUGAAGAAAUGUUUAACUCUGAGCUGACCGAAAAGUUGUUUGUUUUAGCUAAUUCACUUGGACAAGAUCUAGGUUCCUUAAACAUUCAGCGAGGUAGAGACCAUGGUCUUCCCAGCUACAAUGAAUAUAGAGCUUUUUGUGGGAUGAACAAAGCCACUUCUUUCAUUGACCUAAGAAAAGAAAUUCCUGAUGCAAACAUACGAUUUCAUUUAGAGAAUCUCUAUAGACAUCCAGAUAACAUUGAUCUGUUUGUUGGAGGAAUAAGUGAAACUCCCAAAAAAAAUUCAAAAGUGGGACCGACAUUUAUGUGCAUUAUUGUUGACCAAUUCCGCAGACUUCGUGAUGGUGACAGAUUUUGGUAUGAAAACCCUGGUGUGUUUACUGCUGACCAACUAACCCAGCUGAGACAAGUAUCUCUUGCUCGUGUCAUAUGUGACAACAGUGACAAUAUUAACCAGGUUCAGAAAAACGUUUUCCAAAUGGUCAGGAACAGAACAGAAUAUUUGCCAUGUGAAAAAAUUCCCAAAAUUGACAUCAAGAUGUGGUCAGAUUGUUGCUUUGAUUGUCAAAAAUCGGGUGAAUUCCAAUCGAUCACCAGUUUUUAUAGUAGCCGUCGAUCAUUCCACAGUUACCCAGAAGACAGACAACUAUUUACAUCGUCAAAUUUGCCAAGAGACUCACAGUUUUUAAGUGAUCAACCAGUGAGCCCAGCUAAUACUAGUUAUUUCUAUAAAAGUAAUCAGAAAUCUUCACACCUUGACACUCGAGUAGAAGGCAUGGAAAAAACUAUUAAGAAUCUUGACAGAAUGGUUCGUAAACUCAGGAAACAAGUAUUUGGACUGCAAAAGCAACAAUCAAGUCUUUCAACAUGUGUAGGAUCUGAUGGCAAAAGAUAUUCUAACUCUGAAGAAUGGAAAGUGAAUGAUUGCCAAGUGUGUAAAUGCAAGAAUGGCCAAGUGGAAUGUGAGAAAGAAAUAUGUCCACGAGCAACUUGCAGCAAUCCUAAAACAGUUCCAGGCAUUUGCUGUCCAAUGUGUUAAGAAUCAGCAAAACUUUCUUGGUUAAAAAACAAGCUUUGGAGGAUAGACAAUUCUUCCCAUUUCUUUCACAGCUCUAGCAAUGAAAUUGACAAAAAUAUUUUUCACAAAAUUCAUCUGUGUAUAUAUUCUUUUAUUUUUAUUUUUAAUGAUUUCAGAAACAGUGGCCAUAUUGAGGCACAGCCUUAAAAAGUUUUAGAUAAUAUCAACUCCCAGUACUUUUUUGGGCUCUUAUUUCAUUUUUUCUUCUAAGAUAUAAAUAUGCAAAAAUGGAUGUUGAUGUAUGGGGAGAUAACUUAGCUGCACAUUAAUAACAGUAUUUCUGUUUGAAUGUACUAGCUUGCACCCAAUUCACUCACAUACUUAUAUAGUGCAAUUUAAAUUACAUCAUAAAUAACCACUGUUUAGAAUUCCAUGUGUGUUCCUGUAUAACUGAAGGAAAACCAUGAGGUAGACUCAUGUUACAGUCCAUGUAUCAUUUGGUUACAAUCCAGUUGAGUGUUCCCAGAGUAGAUAUACAAAACAAAGCAAAAAACAGGAGAGUUUGUUUGUAAAAUAUUUAGUUACAUCAUCUUACACAUAUUUCAUUAAUAAAAAAUUAUUAUGAGUUAUAUAAUGUAAAUUAUAUAACCGGAUUGCAUUGUCAAAUCUCCAGAGAAGCAUAACUCUCAUUUGUAAAUUCACAUUUGCAUAUUGAAUUAGUGUUGCUACCUCUGGCUAAUAUAUCUGCCUCAAAAACACAUCUAAUUGUCUCUAUUCUGCUUAAGUAAUAACUCUGUCACAUAGAUUGCAGCUUUGUUUAAUCUGCUGCAAAAACUGAGCUGUUUGUCAUUCUAAAAACCAGUACCUUACUUGGAAACAAGAUGCUACAAGCCAUUACAUGCUCCCCAUUUUCUCAGUAUGUGUGAUACAAAACUUGUACACUAGUCUAACUCAAACUUUUUAGUUAUGAUCUUUAAAUAUAUGUAUAUAUAUAUAUGUACAUAUGCAUAUGUGUACAUAUAUUAUUUGCAGAUAUGUCUGUGUACAUCUAUGUAUGGUGCAUGCAUAGAUCUAAUCACAGCCUUACAACCAAAGUCAUGCACACAAGUGCACUAAAAUAUUUCUUGUAGGCCACCCUAAAAAUUUAAGAGAAAUAAAAAUGCAAAACCUUACUGACAUGUCAAAUUACUUUGGAGGAGUUUUGAAUUUAAUUUUUUUUCAUUUAUUAAUUUGCACCUCACUCUAAUCAAAAAGUAAGCAUUAUAAAUUUUAUUAUUAUUGUUGUGGUUGCUGAGGGAGCAAGCUAGCAGAAUCAUCCUUUUGAAGUCAAUAAAAGAAGUACCAAUGAAGUACUGGGGUUGAUGUAAUCGACUUGUCUCUCCUCUUCAAAACUGCAGGCCUUGUGCCAAAAUUAGAAAAGAAUUAUUAAGAAUCAGUCAAGUGCUGCUGUUUUUAGUCAUAUCCCUUUACAGGCUGGUUUUCCCUUUCAUCUAUCUGGGGUUGAUAAAAUAAGCACCAUUACCUGAAUUACCAGUCAAGAACUGGAGUACAAUAUUGUCAACUGUAGUCUACCCAACAAUUGUGGUUAUGUACUAAUGUUGGAAAUCCAUUAUUGUUAUAUUUUUCUAAUUGCCAUAUUGAUGUCAUGACCAUAUCAGUUUAUUAUUUAUGUGGUUAAAGUCGUUAUGUAUUUUCAAUGAUGUGUGAAAAUUCACACAUUAUCAUUAUGCCAUCAUUCCCUUACAGUAACAGAAUGCUAUUUAGCUGUUCUCAUUCCUUUCGUUAUUUUUGAUAUACAGGUUGUUCUCAUUAAAUAUUAAUAUAGUAGGUACCUUUGAUGUAUUAAAUUCCUGGAAAAACAAGUUUAUAUCUCAUUUUCAACUUCCAGUUGUUUUUUUAUAUUAGUAAUGGUCUGGGGGAAAUCAUAAUCUUCAGAAUUAACUUUCUCUUAUAAAUCUGAGGCUAUAAUUGCCCAUGUGUUAAGAUACCAUUAUUGAUGUUUACAAACUAUCGUUUUUUUGGCUCUUAUUGUUUGCGUCCAGAAAUAUUUUUGUAGAAAGAAACUUCAAAAAAGGUUUGAUUAAUUUCCUUCCUACAGAAAUAAAUUUUUAUUUAUUUAUUUAGGAAAAUCUUGAAAUCAAUAUAAAUUUCCUUCAUUUUGCUAAAAGAUUUGGUAAAUAAACUGCAAUUUAAAUAUAUGGUGGUUCUUGUAGGAUGUAGUUGACUUUGAAUUCCAUACAUUUAUCUACAAACUAUUUCAUUAUAUAGUAAUUCUUUUUGAAAGAUUUCCCUUCAAAUUCUUUCUUUUAUUGAAAUGUCAUGAUUUUUUUUAUACCCUUUUACUUCAGAACUUAUAUAUAUAUAUAUAUAUAUAUAUAGCAAGGUUUUCAAAAUAUACAUCUUGUGAAGACUUUCAAAAUUUUUAAAGGUCAUACGUAAAUUUAAAUCCAAAAAGUGAAAGUUUUUUAAUGCUGUUUUAAUAAAUGUCAAAAGCUGUGGAGAUAAACAAACAGCAAACUAAGCUUGUGAGCUGGUUGUGAUACUUGGUUGAAACUAUGUCAGUUUCAUUUUAUUUUCUAUAUUAAUAGUCUUUGAAGCAAGAAUUUAUGUCAUAACUUCUCAUUUCUUUUUGUGGUGUGAACCUGAAGAUUUUUGCCUAUAUAAACAGUCACUUUAUUAAAUAAGAAUUCACUGUAUUAAUAACCAAUUAAAUAUUUGAUUCAACAAUGACA